AUGGCGGCCACCCUGAGAGUAGAGGUCAUUAAAAAAUCAGAGAAAGACAAAUUGAGUGCUAGAAAAAUUGCUGAACAUUUCGGGGUGGGUAGAACUCGGAUUGAUGGCAUUUUAAAGAGAAAAACGGAGAUGUUGGCAGAUUAUGAUUAUGAUUAUGAUAACAACCAGCCCUCUGACGGAAAAAGGCAGAGAAAACUUACAGGCAAUGAGGAUAUUAACAUGUUGGUUUGGAAAUGGUUCCAAGGUGCCACUGCUCGUAGAAUAAAUGUCAGCGGUCCACUGAUUAAGGAGAAGGCGUUAAAAUUUGCCGAAGAUUUGGGAAUAGCGAGUUUCAAAGCGUCAAAUGGGUGGCUGGAUUCAUUCAGGCAUAGGCACAACAUCGUCGCAGGUACACUAAGUGGGGAGCGAGGUGACGUAAGUGACACUGCAGUUGAGGACUGGAAGUCAAAGUUGCUAGUGGUGUGUGACGGGUAUGCUCCUAAGGACAUUUUCAAUAUGGACGAGACCGGUCUGUUUUACAGGGAUACAACAAAGGCAACCCUUAAAGUGAAAGGUGAUGAAUGUGCUGGCGGUAAGCGCUCUAAGGAGAGACUGACCGUGGCACUAUGUGCAAGUGUGACCGGAGAAAAAUGUGUUCCUCUAGUCAUAGGAAAGUGCAAGAAACCACGCUGUUUUAAAAACACCAGAAUCUCUACCAGUAACAUACACCAACAACAAGAAAGCAUGGAUGAACACCGGAUUGUUUGA